AUGACACGCGCAAACACACAAAUCGAAACCGACGCCAUUGUCAUCGGUGGCGGUUUCGGAGGCUGCAAUUCUCUCUACAAGCUCCGCAACCUGGGUCUUUCCGUCAAGUUGAUUGAAGCGGGAAGUGCCUUUGGUGGUGUAUGGCAUUGGAACCGGUACCCGGGCGCCCGCGUGGACACCGAGAUGCCAUCAUAUCAAUUCAACAUCCCUGCGGUGUGGAAGGGAUGGAAUUGGUCGCAGCGGUUCCCCGGCGAUGAGGAGUUGCGUCGCUACUUUCAACAUGUGGACAAUGUCCUAGGUCUGAGCAAAGACACAUUUUUCAAUACCAUCGUCACACGUGUGCGGUAUGAUGCGACCACGAAACGUUGGGUUGUGCAUACCAAUACCGGUCUGGAAGCUACAUGCAAGUACCUCAUUGCUGCGACGGGGUCUUCGUACAAGAAGCAUUAUCCACAGUUCCAGGGCUUGAAUCAGUAUGCUGGAAAGCUUGUCCAUGCUGCGGAUUAUCCCGAAUCCCUCGACGUCAAGGGCAAGAGGGUGGGUCUUAUCGGCAACGGAGCUUCUGGAUUGCAGAUUGUGCAAGAUCUUGCAAAAGAGGACUGUGAGCUCAAUGUUUUCAUUCGAACACCCUGCUUUGCCAUUCCGAUGAGACAGCGGGAGAUCUCCUACGGAGAAUCUGAAAUGAUGAAGGGCUACUACGACGGCAUCUUUGACCGUUGCUACAAAUCUGUCACUGGCUUCCCUCACAACACCUUGUUCCAAUCAGCCCUCCAGGCCUCCCCAGAAGAGAGAAAGGUGCUUUUCGAUGAGCUGUGGGCGCGAGGUGGGUACAGCUUCCUUGUUUCCAACUACUACGACUUCCUGCUGGACGAAAAGGCCAAUUCCAUCUUCUACGACUACUGGGUUCAGCAGGUGCGGGCUCGCAUGACAGAUCCUGAGAAGAUGGAUAUGGUCGCUCCACUAAAGCAGCACAUGUUGGUUGGAACAAAGCGGCCCAGUCUCGAGCAGGACUACUACGAGAUGGUCGAUCGUCCCAAUGUCAAGCUGGUGAAUUUGAAGCAAUCACCAAUUGUUGAGUUUGAUGCCACUGGCGUGGUGACUCGUGAUGGUACUGGUACAAAACAUCAUGAUCUUGAUAUUGUGAUCUGUGCAACCGGAUACGAUGCCGUCACAGGCAGUCUUUUAGAUCUGGGAAUCACCGACAAAGAUGGCCACUCGCUAAAGGAGAAGUGGAGCAAUGGAAUUUUGACUCAUCUAGGCCUGAUGGUUCCCGGCCUCCCCAAUUUCUUCAUGGUUUACGGUCCCCAGGCGCCUACCUCCUUGGCUAACGGCCCACCUUUCGUCGAGAUGGAAGCUGACUGGAUCUGCAAUGUUAUAUCGAAGAUGAGAAAGGAGGGACUUGUGUCGAUCGAGCCAACCCAGAAGGCCGCUGAGGCGUGGCGCGACCAUGUCGUCGCUGUAAGUGAGCACACGUUGUAUCCGAAGACCGACUCUUGGUACAUGGGCUCCAAUAUCCCCGGCAAGCGGCGCGAGCCACUGAUUUAUUUGGGUGGGAUACAACGCUGGUGGCAGAAUUGCACGCAGGCCCUGGACAGUUGGCAGGGAUUCACAAUGGCUUAG